CAUUGGCAUCAGAUUUGAUCUCGAAAAAGGGAAGGUAAGGGAGGUGACUUCUGUCUCGAUCGAUCCAUGUACGAGUUCGCAUAGGAUCCGGGCCGACUGAUCGAGAGGAAGAGGAGGAGAGUCUUAAUACUCACACCGAUCCAUCGGAUUGAAUACGCAACAAGAACAAGGGUGUAUCAUCCAUGAAGAACAAGAAGGGUAGCCGCCGUAAUCGCAAUGUAAGCCGCCGCCGCCAAUCUUAUACUGUGAUAUAUAUAUAGUAUCAUUAUUUAUUGUCAUUGCUAGCUGUAAAAACAUCAAUUUAGUUUUGUGUUUUGUUCGUUCGUUAUCUACCCUAUAAUUCACCAACACACUCUUACACCUACAUUACUCAUUCAUCAAAUCCAACGGUCCAGAAUCAUCCAAUCCAACGCCUCAAAUCGUCCCACGUACGCCUCAACCUCCUCUCGCAUCCCCCACUCGCAGAAACCAUCGCUCCUGAGCCGAAAAUCACGCCCCCCACGCCGCCACGCGCUCUCCUUCCGGCAAACCGCGGUGCCUAGAUCGCUCCGCCUCCCCUCGCCCAUUGCUGCACUCUGGAUGAGCUCCUCGCCGUUCUACAUGGCGACCACCGCGCUGGCCGACAGGUCGGCGUCGGGUGGGCCGCGCGUCGCGUUCACGUCCGGCGUGUGGUGCGACGCCGUCGUCGGCAGGUACAAGGCCGAGGCCACCACCGUCGAUUUCAAGAACAAGGCCGGGAAAUUAAGCGAGGAAGCAGAUCAACGAGUGGACGCGACAGGUGAGGAGGGGCCUCAUCGACUCCGUCCUGCCGCCGGGAUCCGUCGGCCCGACGAUGGCCAUCGUGCUCAGCAACGCCAUCUACCUAAAGGGCAGCUGGGAGCAUCCCUUCAUGGUGAUUGUACGUCGCCGUGCAUGACGGGUUCAAGGUGCUCAAGCUCCACUACAGCGCGCCGAAUCUCCGUAACAAGCGCAAGCGCGGCCGCGGCGGCCGACGACCUCACGCAGUACGCCAUGGUCAUCUUCCUCCCCGACGCACGCGACGGGCUGCGUGGCAUCGUGGAAAAGAUGGCAUAGCGGCCGGGUUCCUGCACGAGCACCUCGUCCGAAUCGGUGCGGGUUGGCGAGUUCAUGGUGCCCAAGUUCAAGGUGUCCUUCGCCGACAGCGUCGUCGGCGUCCUCGGGCAGCUGGGGCUCCGGCUGCCGUUCUCACCGUAGCUCACCAACCUAUCCGUGA